AUGUACAAGUCCGAUGGCACCACGACGACCUCGGUCCUGAAGAACCUCCCCCAGUGGCUCACCAAGCGGCACGUCCUCUUCGCCCUCGCCCUCGCCACCAGUCUCCUUCUUCUCUUUUCCUUCAAUUCGUGGGGCCCUGAAGUGCACCUUCCCCACGUCAACACCGGCACCGCCGAUGCCCAGAAGAGCUCUUCCUCCAACAGCGACAAUGGCGUCCUGCGUCCUCAGUGCGCCGGUCGCGACAAGGUGGCAUCGCUCAACCUGUGGGACGAGUCGCAAUCCAAAUACACGGGCCUCAUGGAUGACAAGUUCACGUAUGUCUCACCUCGUCCGCCGUCGCUUACCAGUCCACUCACUGACAUCGCGCCCUUCUGCAGCAUUGCCAUUCAGACGUACCGGCGUCCCGAUGAACUGAACCAGACGCUCCACCUCCUCACAGAUAGCGUGAUUCCCUCUCUCCACGAAAUCGUCAUCGUGUGGAACGACCUCGAGUCCACGCCCCCGCCCAACUUUGUCUCCGCCCACGGUGUCGGCGUUCGUUACCGUGUCUCCCGCCGCAACUCCCUGAACGAGAAGCUGUUCCCCGACCCAGAGUACAAGACCAAGGCCAUCCUUCUUUCCGACGACGAUGUUCACUACCCGCCCGCCGACCUCGACUUCGUCUUCCAGACCUGGCGCAAGUACGGCCGCCACCGCCUCACGGGUGCCUUUGCCCGCUGCGUCGACACCCCUCGCGGGCCCGGAAGCUACCAGUACAGCCUUUGCCGCGAGAAAGGUCGCUCCGAAUACGCCCUUGUGCUGACGGGCCUGGCUUUCGCUCACAUUGAGGUGCUCGACUACUUCUCCUCCACCGACCCCCUCAUGACCCGCCUGCGCACUGCCAUUGAUGAGCACUUCAACUGCGAGGACAUCGCACUCAACUUUGUCUCUUCCAUGCUGUCCUGCGAGGGCCCCCUCGAGGUUCACGGCAUGGGCCUGCCCGUCAACACGGAGCCCAAGUCGGGCAUUAGCCGUAAGCCGGGCCACGCCAAGCUGAGGAACGACUGCCUGCGCGACUUCUCCGACUGGUUCGGAUACAUGCCGCUGCAGAACACGACCGAGCGCAUUGUGCAAGGUAUCUUGGCGAUAUAA